AUGAGCACCAGGAUCGCCCUCAGCGCGCGCCUCCCAGUGUCUCGUCUACCAUUGCACGCACCCAUCAACCGCCUCACCAAGCCACCAUCUCCAUCACCCUUCAGCACAAUGGCCCGCUCCUACGACGAGGCCCUCUCCAAACUCGCCCUGCUGCAAUCCAACCGCAUCAUCACAAGCCUCUUCGAAACCCCUUCCACCACCUCCACCACCACCACCCAAGACCUCAAUGCCGCCGCAAUCCCCGAAAUGGUCGAGUGGCUCCGGCGAGCCGGAUACUCGCAAGCAGACCUCGCCCGCAUGAAGCACAUCCACGUCUCCGGGACCAAAGGCAAAGGCUCGGUAUGCGCGUACGCAACCGCGAUGCUGGCCAAGUACCGCCGCAAUGAUGACGACGGCGACGUGGGGACGUACACGAGUCCGCAUCUGGUGCACGUGAGGGAGCGCAUCGCCAUCAACGGGGAGCCCGUCUCGCGGGAAGAGUUUGCGGCUGCCUUCUUCGAGGUGUGGGAUCGGCUGACGGAGGCUGCGAUCGCGGCGGGCAUGUCGGCGGCGGAAGCGCAAGGGGCGGCGUCGAAGCCCUUUUACUUCCGGUUCCUGACAAUCAUGGCGUGGCACAUCUUCUUGAAGAGGGGGAUCCGGGAUGUUGUGAUUGAGUGUGGGAUUGGCGGCGAGUACGACUCGACGAACGUGUUGCCGAAAGAGGCUGUUUCGGCGGCGGUGAUUGCGCAGCUGGGGAUUGAUCAUGUCGCCAUGCUGGGGGACACGGUUGAGGAGAUUGCGUGGCACAAGGCGGGGAUACUGAAGGCUGGCGUGAAGGGGUUUACGAUGCGGUUGAGGGAUCAGCCUGGCGUGAUGGACGUUUUGAGGAAGAGGGCGGCGGAGAAGGAUGCGGUGCUGGUGGAGGUGGAUGAGGAGGAGGUGGAGAGAUGGGGCGGCGUGGAGGGAAAUUUGAAGGGGGAUUUUCAGAAGAGGAAUCAGGCGCUGGCUGUGCUGGCUGUGCGGGAGCAUCUUGGCUUAGGAGGAGGAGGAGGAGGAGGGGAUAAGCUGUUGGAAGAUGUCCCAAGGGAACUGGUUGAGGGACUGCGGGAGGCGAGGCUUAGGGGGAGAUGUGAGGUUGUGGACGACGGCGAGGCGGAGUGGCUCUUGGAUGGGGCA